GGUUGUACCAGCAGGGGGCAGCGAUACGCCUUUGGUGCGUCUAGCCUGCCGGUCCCCGCAGAAGAAGAGUACUUUAGCUUGUUCUUCGUUCCGGCGCGCUUUGGCAACUCUCACAGGCUAACAUGUCUCGUGUUUACAUCGGAAGGUUGAGCUACAGAGCCAGGGAGAAGGACGUGGAGAGGUUCUUCAAGGGAUACGGCAAAAUUCUUGAAGUGGACCUGAAAAAUGGGUACGGGUUUGUUGAAUUUGAUGACCCACGUGAUGCUGAUGAUGCUGUUUAUGACCUGAAUGGCAAAGAGCUGUGUGGGGAGAGGGUGAUUGUGGAGCACACCAAGGGACCUCGUCGUGAUGGAGGCUAUAGUGGUGGGCGGAGUGGAUAUGGGCGCUGGGGAGGAAGGGACAGGUACGGUCCACCUGUAAGGACGGAUUACCGCCUCAUUGUUGAGAAUCUCUCCAGUCGCUGCAGCUGGCAGGACCUGAAGGACUACAUGAGGCAGGCAGGUGAGGUGACAUACGCCGACACCCACAAGGGUCGCAGGAACGAGGGCGUGAUCGAGUUCAGGCAGUACUCGGACAUGAAGAGGGCUCUGGAGAAGCUCGACGGCACUGAGGUGAACGGGAGAAAGAUCCGACUCGUUGAGGACCGCCCCGGGGCCAGGCGCCAACGCUCGUAUUCCCGCAGUCGCUCCAGGUCACGCUCCAGGAGCCGCAGGUCUCAUAAGAGCCGCAGUCGCAGCGAGAGCAGCAGUCGGUCCCGAUCCCGGUCCAGAGCCGGCUCUCGGUCCCGCAGCCGCUCUCACAGCAAGAAGGACAAGAAGAAGAAGAACAAGGAGGAGGAGGAGCGCAGCAACGGCGCCCAGGAUGACGAGCACAGUAGGAGCCGCAGCCCCAAGAGCAAAAAGAGCCGGAAGGAAGCCAAGUCCGAUAAAGAGGACUCCAGGUCAAGAUCCGGUUCCCGCUCCGGCUCUCCAGAUCCUUCUAAAAAAUCUGGCUCAAAGGAUCCCGAGCAGCAGAAGAGUGACAACGAGGCUGAGGAGCCUGGGAGGGGCUCCCGCUCCCGCUCCCGCUCCCCAGAGGAGUCCAGAGCCAGGUCCAGGUCCAAGUCCAAGUCUCGAUCUGCCUCCCCUGCUAAAGCCGGCUCUCGUUCCAGAUCAGCCUCCCGAUCCGAGUCUCGAUCCCGGUCCCGCUCUCGUUCCCGGUCCUAGUUCAGACCCCCCCCCUUUGAUAAGCUUGGUAGUUUUCAGCGUAUUUCUUUGGUUUAGGUGAAGACACGCCUCCCUGUUUUUAAAUCAGCUUGCCUUUGUGAAUCCUUUCAGAUUAAAGUGUCUUGUCUCGUUUGUU